AUGUACCUACAACGUCGAAUCACCGUUCCUAAAAUCUUAAGGUCCUUCCAAUAUCACCAUAUUCGCACCAUGCGUCUUCCAUACGCCCCUAAUACCCCGCCGGCUGAUGCUCCUGCUGACACUGCCGCUAUCUAUGAACGCAUUGCGGCGCGCCGGAACCCUCGUCCACUGAUCCCACUGGACCUCUCAUUGCUACACAGCCCACCAGUAGCAGAUGGCUGGAACAGCUUUAUCGGUGCGAUUCGAUCGCGUACCACCGUCGACUCCGGCCUUAUGGAGCUAUCGGUUUGCCGAGUGGCUGUGCUGAACAAUGCCAUAUAUGAAUGGAAUGCCCAUGCACCCCUCGCUUUGAAGGGUGGUAUUGAGCCUGAACAAUUACAUACUGCUCGUAUACUCCCAUCUACUACUGAGGGUGAUCUUUCUGAGCUGGAGAGUAGCCCACUUACUCCGAAGCAACGGGCUGUUCUGCGCUACACCGACCAAAUGACCCGUACUAUCACUGUCCAGGAUGAUGUAUUUGCAGAGUUGAAGACUGUUGGGUUUGAUGAUCGCGAGAUUGUUGAACUUACUACUGGAAUUGCGGGAUACAACUGUGUCAGUCGUUUUUUGGUUGCUCUGGAUGUGGGUGAGAACAACGACCGUGAAAUGAAGUCUGUCGAUGAAUUGGUCAAAGCUUUGCAGUAA